AUUGCUUGUGAACUUGAAUUUCAUCGAAUUUUAUUUUAUUUCAUUUCAUUUUCUUGUUUUGCUUGCGUGACACGCCGGAUUUGAUUGUUAGUUAAAUUAGUAAUUACCUACGGUUUCUUAAACCCAUAACCGGCAUAAUGGUUUCUGUAAAUAAUGUAUCCGGUUUCUCGGAACUUGAAAACUUUUUGAGUAAUGUUGACUCGAAGAAAUCCGUGUACUUAUACUUUACUGGAAGUAAAUUAGAAAAUGGUCUAAGUUGGUGUCCGGAUUGUGUAGAAGCUGAACCCGUUGUCAAAGCAGUUUUAAGCGAGCUGAAGAAGGAUGUGGUGUUCGCCUAUGUGGAUGUAGGCACCAGGGAAUACUGGAAAGACAAGGACUGUCCAUUCAGAACUGACAAGCGCACAAAACUGCUCGUCAUCCCAACACUGAUCAAGUAUAAAGGAGUACAAAGACUGGAAGGGUCACAGUUGAACAACCGAGAACUUCUUCAGAUGAUGUUUGAGGAUGAAGAAUAGGAGUUGGCUAAAGCCUGACUAGAAGAAAGAAGAAACUGAUAAGUAUAUGUUUAUUAUGUAUACUUCUUGUAGCCGGCAUUAUGGUUAAAACAUCCAAAUAUUGAAAUUUUGUAAUAGAGGCAAUCAUUGCACUGUAUAUGCAUUUUUAUUAAGUUUUUAUACAAAUAAUACUAUGAUCCGUUUGAUGAGAUGCAUCAAAUGAUCAAGAUGUUGUGGCCAAUGAUAAUGAUGAUGGUGCAUCUGAUGCGGAAAAUCGGACAUUUAACUCUUAAGCCAUGCAAUGCAGAUAUUUUUUUCUGGUCAGGAUUUAAUUUUUCAUGUAAUUUACAUUGUAAUCAGUUUGUAUAUAAAGUUACUAAGAUAAGGGAAUGCUCUUUGCAAAUCUAAUAAAUAUAUUUUCAAAUCCAAA